CAAUAAUAUAUAGUCAGUGUCUUGAAGCAAGUAACGUUGUAAUAAUCCAAAUUAAAUUGCUUGUUCUAUGUAAAUACACAAGUCAGGCACCGUUUCUUCGAACUGUCACAAAAAGUGUUGUGACAAAGGGCUGGUUACACAGCCCAAAUUGAGGUGUGUAUGGUUAUUGGAAGAUGGCAUUUGUGAGAAAAACCUACUACAUUCAAGUUCUUUCCGCGAUUGCGUGCAUUUUGUGUCUUUGUUGCCAAUGUGGUGGAAGUGUGGUUAAAGGACCGCAGAUCAGUCUUAAAGAAAAGGAAGAAUGCGACGCCACGAGUGCUGUGAUCACACACCAAGAUCUAGAAGACGUACAGUGGUUUGGGAAAUGCGUUGUCAAAUAUUACGGUUUACAGCCAUCAUCGCCAGACGCAGAAUUAAAAAAACCACAGUUCAGUGCUUAUUUAAAGAAUCAAAUCCCUGACAGUUUUGAGAAAACUGGGAUGCGUAUCCAGCGUUUCUUCAAACGCAAUAAUGAUUGGGCUAAAACUAAAGCCAAUCCACUGUAUAACAAAGUUGGCGACAGCAGCAAUUUACUGAUUAUUACGGAUGCCAGAUAUUUCUAUGUUACCUAUCUGCUCUUUGUUUUGAGUGGAAACACCCUCAAAGCUUGCUCUAAAGACGCGAACGACAAGAUUAUAGUUCCGAAAAAUGUUUGUUUUCUUCCACCUUAUGGCACAACAUCUGCCACAUCAGACUACGAUGUCGGUUUGAUCGGGAGAACCUCUGGAACAUUAACUGUUAAAUUCAAUAACUACUUUCAAAAAGUAUUCCAGAAACCAUCAGAACAAGUGUUUGAUACAAAUAUCUAUGGAUUUUCAUUGGAGUAUGCUAUACCACAGGUGUUCACCGGGUUGUCGUUGUUUUAUACGCGAGUUCUGCCGCAGCUUGAUUUUGAACCUCAAUUUCAAAUGUUGGAGUUAGCUGGCGCUUACAUGAAGAUGUAUCGUUAUAAUCAAGUGUACUUCGCGAGUUUGGAGAAGUAUGCUGAGGAACAAUUGGGUGGUCUAGGUGUUAUAAAGGAUGUCAGGAAUCGCAAUUUAUACUUCAAGAAAUGGAUUCAAAGAUUUAUAAAAAUGGACAAGAAGAAAUCGCUUAAAGGUGGCGAGGAUUUACGCACUGCACACAACGAGGAGUACAACGCUAUCAUUAAGGAUGUGGAAAAAUUGUUUGACUCCCAAUAUACUGGCGACGUGACGAAGUAUGUUCUUGAGAUGAGCAAGGCUCUAAUGUAUGCAGCCGAAGCCUACCACACACGAGGGGCGAUACGUCAUGUAGUCGGGGUACUGCAGCUAAAGCUCAGUAAAAGCAUACUAACUGUGAUGGACUACUGGGUGUCCAUGAUUGAGAACUGGGCGGAUGCUAAUAAAGCAUUAAAUCACUGUGUUGGCUCGGCAGAGACCUGCCUUUUAACCAUGUGUAAAUAUCUCUUUCGCACAUUUGACGCCAUGAAAGGAAUUCACUUUACACUAGUGAACCCGGUGGGUGUUCGUAAUGCACUACUUGAACCUAUCAAGAAGUUCCUGCCAAAGUAUCCAGUAUUUGGAGGUGAUAGCGACCUCGAGGUUUUAACACGAGGUUGGGUGGCUAAAUACAAAGGCAAGGUGCCUGAGCUACCAUAUGAUGCCGCAAAGCUGUUUCUCACGAAGGUUGGUUGUACUGAAGAGGAACGACCACCUGCCACAAGUCUCUCGAAAGCGUGUUUAGGCAGAAUGCAAAAGCUGGUGGAAGCCUACGAUCACCUAUUAGUAGCUACAACUAGAAAAACAAGCACAGAGAAAGUCAUACUUUUAACAACGAGCGGGCAAGUAAAGACUAUGCCUGUGUAAUCAGUAUAAUUGAUUGAUAUUUGGACCAAAUAAUACUACUCAUGCAGUUUUGUUCAGUCGUUGCAUCACUUACAUCACUUAUCAGUUGCUAGAACUGAUGAGCGUCAAUGCAUUCAACUUCCUUGACCUUAUUAUGAAACAAAACAUAACACGCGAGCUCCUUUAAGGAGAUCAAUGAACUGCCCAAUAUACAUGUUAUAUAUGGUACUAAAAAUUUUAAUUUGAAGUGUUUGCAUGUUGUUAUGAUAAUUUUCGUGAGUGCG